ACGCAGCUCUGCCGCCGCCAUUUUAAAAGAUGUGAGGAAGUGACGCAUGGUCGAGUGGCCCAACCGCUGUCGAGUUGCUGAGAUGAUUGACAUGGGCUCUGCCAAUCAGGGGGUGGGCGGGUCGCCGGUCAGUGGGCAGAGAGCGGCCUAGACAUGGAUAACCGAGAGUACGAUCUGACGGCCGAGCAGCGGGCGGUCAAGGACAAGUACCCGCCCGUCACCAAGAAGUACGAGUAUUUGGACCACACUGCUGAUGUUCAGUUGCACUCAUGGGGGGAUACAGUCGAAGAGGCUUUUGAGCAGGUUGUCAUGGCAAUGUUUGGCUAUAUGACAGACAUAGAAACUGUGCAGCCAUUAACCACCCUUGAAGUAAAGGCUGAAGGACAUGACAUGCUAUCACUGCUCUAUAAUUUCAUGACUGAAUGGCUGUACCAGUUCAGCGCAGAAAUGUUCUUUAUUCCAAGGGAGAUGAAAGUGAUUCACAUGGACAGAAUUAAUUAUACAAUUCGAUCAAUAGGAUGGGGUGAAGAAUUUGAUUUGGCCAAGCAUCCUCAGGGCACGGAGGUAAAGGCCAUCACAUACUCAGCGAUGCAGAUUCACGAAGAGGAAACACCUCAGAUUUUUGUUAUCAUUGAUAUUUGACUUUUUUCACUCCGCUUUUCAGUUCUGUCUAUCAGAAACUAUGUACAAAGUAUAUAUUUUCAAUAACUGUAUUGGAAAUAAUGUGCCAAGGUGGGCUAAUAUCUGGCAAACUACCUGCUCAGCAAACACUAAUUAUUAAAAGAAAUUAACUUGCCAAACUGGAAAAAGGAAAUCAAGAUGUGACACUUCUGACGAAGAUGGUGAUGCAGUAAAUUAGAAAAUAUCUGUCCUGAGCUGGAUAAGUAUAUCGCAUCCACUUAGAUUUGGUAGAAUAACAUAUUUCUACUUAAUUCUAACCCUUCUGAACUGGAUGGAUAUUUUAUUUCUACUUUUUGGGCAGUGCUGGUAAUCCAGCUGUUUAUCUGACAUUCUUGCAGACUGACUGUUGGUGCUGGUAAGGUUUUUAAUACUGGGUGCAUUUUUUAAUAUAUCAGAUCUGAAACCGUUUGAAGUAUUCAGAUAUUUGAACAUCACUCUAGCAAGGCGGAACAACAGAUCUAUUACAUGGAGUGGCCUAAUUACAGAAUGAUAUGGUGUUUCUAAGAAUUAACGUGCAAGAUAGAUAACUCAGGAUAAAAUAUAAAUAACAAUCAAAUUUAAAGGAGGGUGGGAAAGGAUUCCGGCUAGAACUGGAAUGUGAGGUGACACCCUAGCGUAUCCUCGGUUGUGUCAGUCGUUAUUGCGAACGACGCAUUUCACUGUAUGUUUCGAUGUACACAUGAUAAAUAAAUCUGAAACUUGAACACAAGAGAUUCAGCAGAGUAACACACACAAGAUGGGCCAAAAAGCCUGUUUCUGUGCUGUGCUUUUCUGUGACUAUGAAAUGUUGGAGGAUCUCAGCAGGUCAGGCAGCAUCUAUGGAAAGGAAUACAGAGUCGGUGAUUCAGGCCGAGACUCUUCCUCAGGUCCUUCGCCCUUCAGACUCUUUUCCAUGAGGCUGGGAUCGACCACAGAUACUACAUCCUAGCUGUCCACAUGAUACGCAAGCCAGGGCAGUACAAUAUGGAAAGCAAACUGUUGUCCAUGCAUCAGGCUCCCCCUCUCCACGCAUCUGAUGAAUCAAACGGAAUGACAAGAGACCGACACAGUUUGUCACCCACAGUGUCGCAGAAGUAGCUCAGCAGCUUUGAACUCAACGUAGGACCGCUUUAGGGACUCAAAAAUCUGGAUUUUUCCUCAGAGGUGGUUCCCGAAACCUUCCCCGUGUGUGGAUACAGCCUCAAGGCAGUGGAGGUUUGAGAUCAAAGUUUUCCUUCUCCUAGAUGAGCUGCCAACCAUGGCUGACGAACCCAUCUAGUUUUAAAGCACCAGGAACCCGUCUUUGCCCCUUCAGUCUGUAGAAGCAGUUCUGCUGGCCUUGGUAGCUAAGCCACAUGUGAAGGCCAGGAACUGGACUUGGUUGUCAGAGGCUAUUUGAAAUGUACGCCAAUGUGAGCAUUUAAUAGGUAGUGAGACCUUGUCCCCACUACCACCCCCAGCUGUUCCAACCUUAAGGAACCUUCUUUUCCAUAUAAACUACGAGUACCUAGCCUGCUGAGUUCCUCUAGCAUUUUGUGUGUUACUCUGAAUCUUGAACUUUGAAAUGAUUAAGCCAACUGUGGAAGUUUCCCUGUGAAAAUGUUUUUUUUUAAUUCAGAAAUAAAUUAUUUGGGCAAAAAAAAACAAAUGUGUGGAUGCUAGAUGUCUGAUAUAACAGACUGCUGGUACUACUCAGUAGGUCAGGCAGCAUCUAGUGCACAGCUUCCCAACCUAGGGUCUGCAGACACCUCGGUUAUUGGUAGGGGUCUGUAACAUUAAAAAAGACCAUAAGAUAAAGUAGAAUUAGGCCAUUCGGCCCAUCAAGUCUUCUCUGCUAAUUCUUCAUGGCUGAUCCAUUUUCCCUUUCAGCCCCAAACUCUUGCUUUCUUCCUGUUUCCCUUCAUGCCCUGACUAAUCAAGAAUCUAUCAACCUCUGCCUUAAAUAUACCCAAUGACUUGGCCUUCACAGUGACCUCUGGCAACAUAUUUCACAAAUUCACAGCUCUCUAGCUAAAGAAGUUCCUCCUCAUCUCCAUUUUAAAAGGAAGUCCUUCUAUUCUGAGGCGGUGUCCUCUGGUCUUAGACUCCACCACCAUAAGAAAUAUUCUCCUCAUCCACUCUAUCCAAACCCUGUAUGAUAAGCCUUUCAAUCCCAGAAUAAUUUUGGUGAAACUCCUUUGAAACCUCUCCAAUGUCAGCACAUUGGGAAACCCUGAUUGAAGGAAAAUAUGGAAGAUAUGUCAAGCGUUCAUCAACUUGUUCAGUUCCAAUAAAAAUCUGAAAUGCUAUUUACCUCAAAUUGCAGACUUCACUGACCAGUGCAGAGGGUGUAAGGUUCCUGUUUGUCUGUGUUCAGCUUCACCGGAACAGGUUAGAAUGCCAACUGAUAUUCCAGCUUCAAACAAGAGAAAAUCUGCAGGUGCUGGAAACCCAAGUAACACACACAAAAUGCUGGAGGUACUCAGCAGGCCAGGCAGCGUCUCGGAAAAGCCCGCUGAAGUCCUGCCGAAGAGUUUCAGCCCAAAACGUCGACCGUACUCCUUUGUUUUCCUAGAUGCUGCCUGUCCUGCUGAGUUCCUCCAGCAUUUUGUGUGUGGUAUUCCAACUUUAACAUUUUCCAUCCACCUCUGCUUACAGAUAAGUUCAAGAUGCUCAGCAUUUCUUGAAUUAGUUUUCGUUGCAUACUGAGAUCUAAGUGUCAUGCUAGUCAACAGCACAAGCCUGUUUAUGUGCUCAAUCUCAAAUGAUCGUCCACAUAACGAUCUAAAUGAGGGGUUCCUAAUCUGUGUCCACAGACCCCUUGCUCUAUGGUAUUGAUCCAUGAUUUAAAGAAGUUUGGGAACCCCUGAUCUAAAUGUUGAGAGUCUCUCCCUCCAGCGUUGUGUUCCUUAUUCCAGACAUUCCCUUCCAGAACAUACAGGGUGUUGUAUCACUGUUCAGGUGUUCUUUAUCUCUUCCAUCCUCACACCUCUGCUAAUUACAGCUCCUGCAAACAGAUAAACUGGAAACAACACCUGCCCCGACCUGGCACCACCACCACCACUAGUGUCAGUCACCUCCUCGUGGUCUCUGUGCUAUCACAGACAUUCUCUUCUCCACCAUCUAUGUUGCCCUUUCGUGCAACUUAAAGCAUGUUUGAUUUCUAACUGUUUCCAGUGUUGAUUAAAGGUCCUCAGUGCAGAACGUUAUCUCAGCUUCUCCCUCCACAGAUGUCACCUGACCUUCCUGUUAUUUCCAGCAAUUUAAGGCACUGUUGAUGUUGGAACAGUGCCUUUCACUUUUCAAUGGAUUUAUUUUGUAUUGAAAAUGAUUUUAAUCUCUUUUGUUUUUAUAAAUAUCCUCCAAGGGAACUUUUGCCUCUCGGUAUGGUACACAGGGCCUUGUAAAAGUAUUUAGCCACCAAUCCUUUGUCCAUGUAAUUACAACCAGGAAUUUUGAUCAAUUUAACUGAGAAUUUUUAUUUGUGAAUCCCAAGCUCUUCUUUUCACAGUAGAGCCCCAAAAAACAGGGAAAAUUGUGAAGCAUAAAACACUAAAAAUUCAAACACUGAAACAUCAACAGUUCAAAAGUAUUCAUCUUUCUUUGCUCAGUAUUUGAUUGAAUCACUGCUCUCAGCUAUUACAGCCAGUAAUCUUUUUAGAUAAGUCUCCAUUCGCUUUGCACAAUGCAAUGGAGCAAGAUUUGCUCAUUCCUCCUUGCAAAAUUGCUCAAGCUGUGCCAGGUUAGUUGGGGAAUGGCGGUGGACAGCAAUCUUGGGGACUUGCCAGAGAUGUUCGAUCGGGUUAAGGUCAGGACUCUGACUGGGUCACUCAGGGAUAUCAGUUUUCUUCAUUUGAAGCCACUCCAUGGUUUCUCUGGCAGUGUGCUCUGGGUCAUCGUUCUGCUGAAAGACAAACCUCCUCCCCAGGUUAAGCUUUCUGGCAGAGGCUAGCAGGUUUUAUCCAGGGUCUCUCUGUAUUUAGCAGCUUUCAUCUUCCCAUCAAUCCUGACCAGAUUUCCAGUCCCUGCUGCUGAAAAGCAUCUCCACAGCAUGAUGCUACCUCCACUAUACAGUAGGGAUGGUGUUACCCGGCUGAUGCACAGUGCAAAGCUUACAGAGACUUAUCCAAAAAAAAGUACUGGUUGUAAUAGCAGUGAGAGGUGUUUCAACUAAGUACUGAGCAAAGGGAAUGAAAACUUUUGAAUUGCUGACAUUUCAGUUUUUGAAGUUUUAGUAUUUCGUGCUUUACAGUUUUCCCUUCUUUGGGGCUCUACUGUGAAAAAGGAGCAUGUGAUUUACAAAUUAAAAUCCUCAGUUAAAUUGAUCAAAGUCCCUGGUUGUAAUACUGGUUGAUGUGAAGAAAGGCUUGGUGGUUGAAUACUUUGACAAAGUACUGUAGCUUCACACAGCUGGAUGUAUUCUGAUCAUGAGUCAGAUUCCUCCUUCAGCCCUUCGUGGCUUCCACCUGCCAGCUUCUCACUUCAUCCCACCCACCUUCCCCUUCACCUGCCAGCUUGUACUCCUCCCCAUCCCACCUAGCUUUUGCCUCAUUCCUUUCCAGUCCUGAUGAAGGACCUCGGCCCAAAAUGUUGACUAUUUAUCUCCAUAGAUGCUGCCUGACCUGCUGAGUUCCUCCAGCAUUUAAUGUAUUAUGAAUUAUUUACACUGUUCUUAAUAUUUUACUCUGAUCAGGGUCCGUAAACCUGCAGAUUUAAAAGUACAAUUCAAUAAAGCUGUUACAGUAAGCAUCUGUGUUC